UCCGCCCGGUACUUCCGUGUUAGCGCCUGUGCUCGUGUCUGUGUCCCAGCUUCAGAUCAGCUGCUGCUCUCAGAUUAAUAAUCAUGUCUCUGGAGGUGGAAUCUGCAGACGUGAUCCGUCUGAUCAUGCAGUAUCUGAAAGAAAACAAUCUGCACCGGACCCUGGUCACCCUGCAGGAGGAGACCACAGUGUCCCUGAACACCGUGGACAGCAUUGAGAGUUUUGUUGCAGACAUCAACAGUGGCCACUGGGACACUGUCCUUCAAGCCAUCCAGUCCCUGAAGCUCCCAGACAAGACUCUGAUAGACCUUUAUGAACAGGUUGUGCUGGAGCUGAUUGAGCUGAGAGAGCUGGGAGCGGCUCGUUCCCUUCUCAGGCAGACUGACCCCAUGAUCAUGCUCAAACAAACCCAACCAGAGAGAUACAUCAACCUGGAGAACCUGCUGGCUCGCUCCUACUUCGACCCCAGAGAGGCGUACCCAGACGGCAGCAGUAAGGAGAAGCGCCGAGCGGCCAUCGCCCAUGCCCUGGCCGGGGAGGUCAGUGUGGUGCCCCCCUCUCGUCUCAUGGCUCUGCUGGGACAGUCACUGAAGUGGCAGCAGCACCAGGGUCUCCUUCCUCCUGGUAUGACCAUUGAUCUGUUCAGGGGUAAAGCUGCUGUGAAAGAUGUGGAGGAGGAGCGUUUCCCCACUCAGCUCUGCAGACACGUCAAGUUUGGACAGAAAUCUCAUGUGGAAUGUUCCCGGUUCUCCCCCGACGGUCAGUACCUGGUCACAGGCUCCGUGGACGGCUUCAUCGAGGUCUGGAACUUCACCACCGGCAAAAUCAGAAAGGAUCUGAAGUACCAGGCUCAGGACAACUUCAUGAUGAUGGAUGAUGCCGUGUUGUGUAUGGGCUUCAGCCGGGACACAGAGAUGUUGGCUACCGGAGCGCAGGAUGGAAAGAUCAAGGUUUGGAAGAUCCAGAGCGGUCAGUGUCUGAGGAGAUUCGAACGUGCCCACAGCAAAGGAGUAACGUGCGUGAGCUUCUGUAAAGACAGCAGCCAGCUCCUCAGCGCCUCCUUUGACCAGACCAUCAGAAUCCAUGGACUGAAGUCAGGUAAAACUCUGAAGGAGUUCCGUGGUCACUCCUCAUUUGUCAACGAGGCCACGUUUACACCGGAUGGUCACCACGUCCUCAGCGCUUCCUCCGACGGGACAGUGAAGGUUUGGAACAUGAAGACCAGCGAGUGCUCAAACACCUACAAACCUCUGGGCACGUCGGCCGGCACCGACAUCACCGUCAACAACGUCAUCAUUCUGCCCAAGAACCCGGAGCACUUUGUCGUGUGUAACCGCUCCAACACGGUGGUCAUCAUGAACAUGCAGGGACAGAUCGUGAGGAGCUUCAGCUCCGGUAAGAGGGAAGGCGGUGACUUUGUGUGCUGCACGCUGUCGCCCCGCGGCGAGUGGAUCUACUGCGUGGGAGAGGACUUUGUGCUCUACUGCUUCAGCACAGUGACGGGCAAACUGGAGAGAACACUGACGAUCCACGAGAAGGAUGUGAUCGGCAUCGCCCACCACCCGCACCAGAACCUCAUCGGCACCUACAGUGAGGACGGCCUUCUGAAGCUCUGGAAGCCUUGACGUGUGGACACCAGGUUGAAACUGGACGUUCUCACUGGGCAGCCGCUCUCCUCUCUCUGGACUCUGUGUUCAUCCACAGUGAAUCUCUCCCGGGUUCGUGUGGACGCACACGUCGAUGAUCCGUCACAUCCAGCUGCAUGUUUUCACGCGGAAUUGGUCAUUGUGUGUAAUUAAUAAAAAACAAAUGUUGUGUGAUUGAGAACAUGCAGCUGGAUGUUUGUGCAGCUGAGCUUUAUUUACCUCGACCUCUGAGAGUAAAGGUUCAUCUUUCCAGUAGUUUUUACUGGAAAUGUUUCGUUCAAUUUCUCAAAUCUGACUCUUUUUAUAUCUUUAAAUUACUUUUUCAGUUUGUUCAAGUUCAUAGAAACUGUUUCUGUGCAUCUUACAAAGCAACUUGUGACACUGAGUUUGAAACAGAGGGUGUCAUGUUAUUCAAGUGGCGGAAAGAACUAACUGGUCUCAUGAAAGCUGCUUUAAAAAGCACGUUACAGUCACUCAAGAGACAUUUUCCAUUUCUGUUCUCACAAAGGUUUCACGACUCCAGAGGGUUCAGGUCCAGUUGAGGAGUCAGAUGUUCAGAACGAGACAGAAACAAGACUUUAGUUCUUGUUUUGAAAAUUCCAUUUUUUGUAAAUAUAUUUUUUUACAUCUUUGUUUUUGUCUUUUCAAGAAGACCUGGUUAAAAAGUUGUGUGUCUGUGUGUCUUUCCUCAAGUCACACUGUCGCCUUCUGCAAUAUAGAACAACACAUUUCAGUUUUAUAAGUCAUCCUCUCUCCUCCCUUUUCAAAACGUGAAUUUGUAGAGACUUUAUAUUUUCUUUCUUCUUUUUUUUAAUCAGGCAUCUUUUUUAUUUCUUAUUCCUGGAGUUAGGCCCCCGGGUGAUUUAGGAAACUUCCCUCAGUGCAUAAGUGACCAAUAAUUCACCCAAACCACAGAUUGUGUAACUCGGAUGUUCAAGUGUCCCGUGUGUUUCUUGUCUUUGCCAUUAAAGCUAUUUAACCAGAA